GCCGGUGAGACGCCGAAAUUAAAAUUCUUGACACCACAGCCCUUGCACGUCGCUUGCCAAAUGGUUCAAACCGACCCCACCAUCGAUCACGAGUCGAAGUAUAAAAGAAAAAUUGACCUCGAGACAAACAGUCAAAAUCCUCGUGUCCGUCCAGUUCAAUCGAUCAUCAUGAUGAAAUCAUUGAUCGCGAUAUUGGCGUUGUUUUCGAUCGCCAUCGUCGCGGCUGAAGACGCCAGAAGCGUGGAGAUCAGCCUAACCAAGACGAUGGACGAACUGAAUAAAAGGGACACCAUCAAGAUCUACGGUGAUAUGAUCACUUUGGAGAAGGUAGACAUUGUGGAAGAUGAAGAGGCUGCAAGAGCUAGUCAGGACCCUCUAGUGAGCAAGAUCGAACAGUUCUUGAGGAACAGGAAAAUUCAUGUACAUCUACCAAGCGAUGGAUCUUCUGCCGACAUGUUUGGCAGAGCUAUGGGACAGAAGGACAUGGAGAUUGGCCUUAGAGGUCUGACUACAGGAGCUUCUGAAGCCCGAACCAAGCUGAAGAAGAUCGUGUUGCCGUUACUACUGGCUCUCAAACUCAAAGCCAUGAUCGUCCUUCCUAUUGCCAUCACUCUGAUCGGUCUGAUAGGCAUCAAGGGACUCGGUGCAGGUCUACUGUCCCUUCUUCUCUCCGGGGCGGUCGCUCUCAAGGCUCUACUAACACCACCACCACCCUCCUAUCCCACCAGGGUCUCGUACGGAAUAGUAAAACCUGAAGUUCACCACGAACAUUGGCACAGGUCACAGGAAGAAGUGAAUCAACCGUACAGAGGGUGGGCCCCGGAAUUCGGGCCUGAGCAGUAUCCCUACCAAGACAUCCCUUAAAUUCGGUCUUCAAGUUAAGAUUCAUCUUCUCAUCCCUUCAUUUUAUUUAUUAUCUCCUCUCUAUUACUCCCAUUGUGUUGAAUAAAGACAUCGCGUCCUUUCGUUUCUACGAUCUUGCGCUUUCUUUUAAUUUCCACCCUUCCUAAUCUUCGUGUUUUUCGUUAUUUUCAUUCCUCGAAUUUUCCACGAGUGUUCGAAUACGUGAACCAUCGAACACAUCGAUGCACUUUCCUCUCUCCGUUGGAGCGGACAGCCAU